AUGCGUCGUCUGCUCUUCGCGGCCUUCUGCUUCUCUGCGCGAGCCGUCGAGGCAGAGGAGACAAAGCAGCCAACGGCACAAGACGCUGAAGAGUUUCAGCAGGCUCCGUCGCUGUUGCAGGACUUCCUGGACUUCGACCUUAACAAGGAUAAGCAAAUCGAUGCACAAGAAGUGCGCACGCAGUUCAAGGGAGAGCUAGAUCCGAAAGAACUUCACCAGUUCUUCAUCGACGUCGACCAGGACCUUUCUGGAACAAUCUCACUCCAGGAGUACAUCUCCUACGCAAGCUCGCUGCACUCAGACCCGCCGGCCUAA